UUUGUGAACCACCAUGUUGUCCACGUUGUCAUUCAUACAUGAGAGGUUGCUAUUUGAACAUGGUGCCCAAUACUGGCGCGCCAUGGGAGCAGGUUAACUUAUAACUUGUCCUCUUGGCUUAGUAAAAGUGUUCAGAGUUACUCAGUGCUCAUUCAGUUUGACUUUGUGUUCUCUAUAAGAGCCUCAGUUUGAGUCCACACACGUGAUUCAGAGGCAUCUCAUGGAGCGACAAGGAGCCCAGGGUUUCUGGACUAACAUGGCGGGACAAAGGCCUGCAACGGAGACCGACAGUGCUAGAAGUCCUACAGCAGUUCUCAGUGGACCACCUGAUGACCCGAUGGUGAUGGUCACGCCUGCUCCGCGCCCUCGCCAGUCAGACAGCUUGCUGGAUGCUGAGAAGACUGGAGCUGCCCUGCUGUUCUCUGGAGCCCUCCUGGCUCUGGUUGGCGUCUUCUUCACCACCAUGGGCUGGCAGCACUACCAAGCCAACUCCAGCUUUGCGGUGACCCAACUGCUGGGCCCAGUCCUGAUCUCAGUUGGAGGGACUUUCAUGCUCACCAGUGUCUGCAAGUUUGGCGUCGCCCACUGCUGGCCCUGCAGAUGGAGGGAUGAAGAGGUGCUUGUGAGGCCUGUGAUCGAGCAGACUUUAAGGGGACAUUCUUGUACGUUACAUGGCAUAAAUCAACCAUCAAUCAUGUUACACAGUGCCACAACAAUGGUAUGUAUUCCACCUCCUUAUAACUUUAUAACCCAGGAAGUACACCAGACCAUUGAGUUCCAACCUGGCAUCCACGCAGCUCUUCCUCCUCAUGACGGUGUUUACUGUGUGGAUAACGCGGCUUUCACAGCAGAAGAAGACAGCUGCAGAGAAACAGACGACAGAAGAAGCAGACUGCCUGAGAUUUCUCAUUUGCCUUCAAUUUCACGCAGGAUUGAGAAGACAGAGGACGAAAGAGGACGUGGGGAGGAGAGCGGCUCUACCUGUUCACGUCCACCUGCGUAUGAAGACAUCUACCCGUCCUUUAACAAACACAGUCCGCCAUAA